AUGGACAAACCCUCUACCCAUUGUGAAGAUAACGACACCAAAACGGGCACCCCUGCAGAGGCCUCAGAAAAUACUAAAGGGAUUCUUCGACAUGGUCGAUUUCAGACUAUCAAAGUGGAAGAGGAUGAAAUUGCCGAACCACAAAGAAAAAAAGGAUUGGUCUUACCUUUGGCAUACACUAAUCACAACAAUAACGAUGUUAUGACACACAUCACUUUCCCAUCAUGCGGAGUACUCCCUGAAGAGAUCAAUCCUGAGACUACCGCUCAAAAAGCAAGUACUGUAUAUAACCCAUUGGAAAGAUUCAAAAACCAUGAUCGAGCUCGUCAAGGCAACCAUGGAACGUUCAAUGAGAAACCGAAGGUGACCGACAGUGAUCAGAUUCUCAAUCAAUUACGUGAAAAGAUCGUUUCCACUAUGAGGAACCCCAAGAAAUAUGGUUUCAAGAAUAUCUGUCUGCUACUGCUCGUUCUGUCCUACACAUUACUCGGUGCAGCCGUAUUCUACGUGAUCGAAUCCAAUUAUGAGCGUAAGACGAUUUUGAUACGAAAAGCGGCAUUGGACAAAACGAUAGAAUCUAUCGCAAAAGAAAUGACUGAGACGAUCAACGACCCUGAAAAAACGGUCGACGAGCAGACUAUGAUCACAUACCUACAGCGCACCUACAUAACCCUUCUGAAGCAGGAGUCGGCCUACGACGGUAGUACGUUCUACAAGGCUGAGGAUAUGGAGCGCAAUCUGCGGUGGACAUUUGGCAGCAGCUGCUUUUUUUCCAUGAACGUCUACACAACCACUGGUUACGGUUCGAUAGCGCCGGAGUCAAGUUUGGGGAAAGCAUGUGUGAUCAUCUAUGGGUUCCUAUUCGUUCCCCUGACUUUGGUGGUCAUCCGACACCUCGGCAAUUCAGCUCUUGUCAUACUGACCAACUUCUAUGCAAACAUCGUCAUACGAUGGAGGCGAUUUCGUUCCAAGAAAGAUGCUGAGAAUGGUGAAAUCUUCACACUCCCCGUUCUUCUAUGUAUGCUCUUCAUGCUCGUUUACCUAAUGGGCACGACCACUCUGAUAUUUCUUUACGACAAGUUUUCUGGCGAACCAGACACGGGCGUCAGCUAUUUCCUGUCGUUCUACUUCUCCUUCAUUUCAAUCUCAACAAUUGGUCUCGGGGAUGUCAUGCCUAACAAUGUGACGUUCGAUCCGAUCAUCACAGCGCUGUUCUUUUUUGGAAUGCCACUCAUGAAGGUUGUAAAUAGUUCUACGUAUCAGAGUGUCGAAAAAGCAACAAUCGGUUUACUUACUCUUCUGGAGAAUCGCCUUAGUUCAAUUUGUGAACGAUCUCGAGUGGCUGAUAUGGCCGAGCAUUCUUCAAAGUCUCGGGCGAUCACACUGGCGGAGGCGACAGCUCCCACUGUUCUGGACGAUCCCCGAAACCAGUUCACUAUCCAGUCAGUACUGACGUUUAUCAAGUCGGAUGCGCAUGUGUAUGGACAUCGUUUCGGACGAGUGGACUUGACAGUUAGAAAAGAUACCAUCUAG